CUCUCUGGAGUGAUGAAUGCAACAGUCAGACUCUUCCGCUGAACCUGGGAUCAUCAUUGGGUGAGUGGGCGGCGGCAUCAUCAUCAUAGACUGUACAAAAAGCCUUCCCUCGCGAGCUCACUCUCACUUUUCAACAGCUUUACGCACGCGCCAAUUACCGAGCCUCUCGUGGAUUUUUAAAGCGCUCCGGAAAACCCAAUUACAACAAACAAACAUGGCGGUUAUGAUAAAGAAUGAAGUUUUCUCAUGUUUUGUGUUCUACGGAGUGCUGCUGGUGAUAAAAAUGUACAUUAUCGCGAUAAUAACUGGACAAGUGAGGCUGCGUAAAAAGGCUUUUGCUAAUCCUGAGGACUCGCUGAGACACGGAGGGGUACAGUUUCACAGAGAGGAUCCGUAUGUGGAAAGAUGCCGGAGAGCCCAUAUAAACGACUUGGAGAACAUCCUCCCCUUCCUCUUCCUGGGUGCCAUCUACUCCCUGACCGGACCUUCACUCUCAGUGGCCCGUCUUCACUUCCUCGUCUUCUUCGCGGGUCGUGUGCUGCACAGUGCCGCCUACCUAUUGGCCCUGCGAGCACCCACCCGCUCCCUGGCCUACACCGUCGCUCAGGUUCCCUGUGUGUCCAUGGCUCUGCAGAUUCUCGCAUCAGUCGCAGCAUAUGCUUAGAUUUUCAGAAAUGAGGGGACUAAAGCAGAGGAGGUGUUCUGGCCUGAAGGAAGGAUUUGUGGCCUGUCAGAAAAAACAGGAGGUGGAAACCUGAGAGGCCUCCUGAGAGAGAGAGAGAGAGAGAGAGAGAGAGAGAGAGAGAGAGAGAGAGAGAGAGAGAGAGAGAGAGAGAGAGAGAGAGAGAGAGAGCAUAAAAGACAAGAAUGUCAGUGCAAUAAAAGGUGUAGGACAACACCGCAGCUGUGUUCGGGAGGUUUUGUCAGUAUUUGAUUGUUUCAUUUUAAUGAUAAAAUGUGAGAAUGUCUUGGUAAUUAUUUAAAGUUGGCCAUACGUGUGUAUUGAAACUGCAAAUGAAGGUUGUUUUGCUCUUUUUUCCAACUCGGUUUUGCUGAAAUGGAAUUAAAAACCCACUGACAAACAUUUAGUUUAGACCACUUGGGAGUAUCUUCCAGCACUGCACUGUAUGUUCAUCCCCACCCUGCUUUUUUUUGUGUUUACACACAACGCAGACCAUCAUCAACGUGGUGUUGUAUCCUCCAUAGCUUCAUCUGUUUUCCUCUGGGGCUAUCCCAUCUGUUGUGUUUGUGUGCUAUGUUCAAGAAAAGCACGAUGGAUCCUGGUGGAAUGACUGAAGGUUUGUUUGGAAACAUAAUCCCACUCAGUGAAAUAAAACUUGAUGCUCUUAAGUUGUUUUAAGGAAAGAAAUUGCCUUUACACAGUGUUAGGAUUGAGAAUAAAUCUGAGAACCAACUGUAGGAAGAAACUAAAAGUAUCUGUGAAGCAGGUUUUCUCACAUGGAACUUUUAUAAUGUAAUCUGUGAAAACAUUUCAAGACUGUAUUUAAAGUAUUGUAAUAACUAUUUAUUAUUCAUUUCAUGUAAUCAGCUAUGUUUCUAAACUGUAAGAUGCAUUGUUGUUGGCAAUAAAACAAUUCAGACAAGCAA